UUCUUAUCCUUCGUGAGAAUCCGCUCCAACACUUCCUCUUCUUCUCCACCACACACCGAGCUGCAGAAGCUAAAAUGGCGGUCUCUCUCCCGAACUCAUUUCUCCAAAUCAAUUCAUCUCUUCCCUCUCUUCACAUCAGAAAGCCGAGGAUUGCGGCGGUGAAGGCGAAGGCAAAUGAUAGGAGCAGUUCGAUGAGAACUCGGGUGAUUCCCGUAACGUGUCGGAAGAAGGAUUUGCACCCUGAAUUCUACGAGGACGCGAAGGUGUACUGCAAUGGAGAACUGGUGAUGACGACCGGAGGAACUAAGAAGGACUACGUCGUCGACGUAUGGUCGGGAAAUCAUCCGUUUUACCUGGGAAGCCGAUCUGCUUUACUUGCUGAUGCCGACCAAGUGGAGAAGUUCAGGAAGAAAUACGCGGGUCUGACGCAGAUUAUGCAGAUUCCUGUUCUUAAGGGAGAGAUCGUGUUGCCGACGAAGAAGAAAGGUGCCGGAAAAGGAAAGAAGAAGUGAGAGAAAAAAGGUACCAUUUUGGAGUGUCUGUUUUUCCAGUGAUUUGAUGGAACCCUUGAUUUGCUUCUCUGGUGACCCACAGUUGACUGGUUAGGGUGUUUGAUGAUUGUAUGUUGUGUGUUUACGAAUGCAAAGAAAUGAUGCUCUUCUUACAUGUGUUUGGCUGCUGAGAAAGUUGUGGAAAAUGGGAAGGAAUGUGGAAUUUGACG